GUCUCUCAGACCUUCACCAACACAAGACACAAGACUCUCCAGGUGUCAUUUAAAAUCAGCCUCUUGUAGGGAAUCGGAGUUGGCUGUCUAAAUAAGUGAGGGUUGGCUGGUUCAGGACAAGACCGUUUCUCUUCUGCUCUUAAUCUGUUUAGGGAAAACUGUCUGACUGUUUAGGCCGCAUCAAGAUUUUAGAGAAAGCAAAAAAUGUCACAGUUUACCAGCAAAGGUUUGCCCGAUUAAAUCCAAACCAUGGGAAUCGCCCUCUGUGUUUAACCGGACCUAAAAACCGAAAUAUAAUCCCAAAAAAGUGGAUAAGAUGCUAAAUGACCACUGAGACUCAUGAAGAAUAAGGAAUUAAGAAGAGGAGAUGAAUGGAGCAGCCGCCCACACAGCGAGACAGAGCGUGAGUGAAGGUCGUUCUUAUUGUUCUUCCCCCUGUGGCAAACAUUGUGACUAAUAACGAAGUGAGGCACGAUGAGUGGCCGUAUCUGGGCUGCAUUGCUCUUUCUGUGUGUGUGCUUAGAGCUCGGGGGAAGCAGUGCUCGUCUAAAAAGAUGGAAGAGCGAGGAUACCGCAAGGAAAGGAACCGCGAGGAAAGAAAUUCAGGUGGAGCGUCUAGACUUGGAGGAAAGGCAAAGUGAGAUGCCAUUUGCCAACACAGCAGAGACACCAAGUUUGGCAAAGAGAAAAAGCAACAAAGAUGCAAUGGAGUCUUUAUCAGGACUGCAUCAUGCACAGAUUGAAGAAACUGCAAAAUCGGAAUUUGAAAUCAGAGUGACUCCAGUUUCGUUGUCUGGCGCGAGUGUGAACACAGAUUCUACUCCCCAUAUUAUGAAUAAUUAUCAUCAUAAAUCCAAAGAUAUCCCUGAAAUCACUAAGACAACGGUAUCACCUCUUAGCCAGGACUCCAAAAUAUCUAGAAUAUCCCAAGAUCAUUUCAUUCCUGCAGAACUAACUCCUGCAGUAGAGGAAACUAAAACUGACCAUUUACCAACUGACAGAUCCACCCCGGAUGGCCCGUCGGGUGCCAGCGUGAUCCUUCUGAAGCCUCCGUCUGGUUUAAAUAGCAGCGGAAGGGAAGUGCAGACCGUAAUGAUGGGCAACCAGGAGUCAGACAGCAGUGGUGAUUUUCAAAGGACCUUUACUGGAUCAAAUCUGGAUGAGAUGCCCUCACAGUCCCGCAGCCGAAGAAGCUGGAUCUGGAACCAGUUCUUUGUGAUAGAGGAAUAUAGCGGACCAGAACCGGUGCUGAUUGGACGGCUUCAUUCGAGUGUGGACAGAGGUGAUGGACGAACCAAAUACAUAUUAAAAGGUGAGGGGGCCGGUUCGGUGUUCGUCAUAGACAGCAGAACGGGGAAUAUCCACGUCACCAAACCCCUAGACCGUGAGGAGAAGGACCAGUACCGCCUUAUCGCCACGGCAACAGACCGACAGACCGGCCGAGCCCUGGAGCCUUCAUCCCAGUUCAUCAUCCGUGUGCAAGACAUCAACGACAACCCGCCUGUGUUCCAGGGCGGCCCGUACAGCGCCACUGUUCCUGAGAUGGCCAACAUCGGCACAUCGGUUAUUCAAGUGACAGCCACAGAUGCUGAUGAUCCAACGUAUGGGAAUAGUGCCAAACUUGUGUAUUCAGUGAUUCAAGGCCAGCAGUACUUCACCGUGGACCCGCAGUCAGGUAUCGUUCGCACAGCGGUCCCUGAUAUGGACAGAGAAGCUCAGGCGCAGUACCAGGUGGUGCUCCAGGCAAGAGACAUGGGCGGCCAUCAAGGGGGUUUGACAGGGACCACCACUCUCACUGUGCACCUCAGUGACGUCAAUGACAACCCGCCUCGCUUCACUCAAAGUAUGUGGUCAUUUUCGGUCUCUGAAUUGGCUGUCCCAGGGGUGGAGAUCGGUCGUCUCUCGGCAACAGAUGCAGACCUGGGUGAAAACGCUCGGAUGGACUUUAUGAUUGUGGACGGAGAGGCAGGGGACACCUUCAACAUAACUGGAUUGAACCAAGAGGCUGUAAUUUUGUUAAACAAGGCCGUGGACUAUGAGAGGCGAAGUACCUACUCUCUCGCGGUGGAGGUGCAAAACCCAAACGUGGACUCGCGGUUCCUCAGACGAGGUCCGUUUAAGGACCGGGCAAUGGUGCGCAUCACAGUUCUGAAUGCAGACGAGCCGCCGAAGUUCUCCCGCUCGCGGUACCGACUGGACGUGUCGGAAAACUGUCCUCCAGCAUGUGUGGUGGGAAGAGUGGCCGCCGUGGAUCCGGAUACAGGCCUCAGUAACAACAUCAAGUACUCGAUUGAUCCCGAGUCGGACCCCGAGGCGCUGUUCCGUAUCGCCUCUGACAAUGGCCUCAUCACCACGGCCGUGGAAUUGGAUCGGGAGCAGGAGCAAUGGCAUAACAUUACCGUCAUCGCCACACAGAGAGACAGCCCCAACCAAGUCACCAGGGUAGCGGUUGCCAUAGAGACGCUGGACCUCAAUGACAACGCCCCCGAGCUGGACCGACAAUACAACACAGCUGUGUGCGACUCCAGCGCUGCUGGACAGGUAGUGCAGGUGAUUCGAGCAAUGGAUAAGGACCAAAGCAGCUACAACUCUCCCAUCCACUUCAGUAUUCCCGCCGAGUCUAGCAGCGCGCUCAACUUCUCCAUCAGAGAGCGGGGAGACCACACGGCGAGUCUGGUGCUCUUGUCGUCCCUGAAGGCCCUUCCUCGCUCUUCCUCUUUAUCUACUCUAAAAAUACCCAUAAUGCUCCGUGACGGUGCGUCAGACCUCAGCAGCACAGGAACGAUUACCGUUACGUUGUGUCCAUGCCAAAACGGAGGCAUGUGGGCGGAAGAACGAAAACAACAAACGGACGAGAAGGAUAAAGAGUCUGUGCCGGACUGGGAGAGGCAGACGGCGUGUUUGCCUUUACCGUCAAACUCCCCGCUGCUGGGCGUCAGCUCGGCCGCCAUGCUGGCCAUCCUGGCCUGUGCGUCGACUCUUCUGGUUGUAGCGGCGCUCUCGCUAUCGUUGCGAAGGCAGAAACGGGACACUCAGUCUCCUGUGGAAGAUGAUGAGAUCAGGGAAAACAUCAUCACGUAUGAUGACGAGGGAGGCGGAGAGGCGGACACGGCCGCUUUCGAUAUCGCGACCCUGAAGAGUGCCCCCCAGAGCAUGCGCAGGGCACAGCGGCUUCGGGACAGCAAGAAUAUAUAUUCUCAGGAUAACUUGGACAGCAUCAGAACCUUCAGCUGGAGUCAGAGUCUGGGUUUGGAUCCGCGCCGUCCCGUCUCUGCACCCCUCUACGGACGGUACUGCUACAGCAUCCAGACCCUUCCAGCUUCGAGAAACAGACUCGGCCCGUUCAACUCCAGGAUGGACCUCGCCAAACUGGCGUACGUUCUUCCCGGCAGCCAAGGCCAGGCCAGCGGCCCAUUAGAAUCCGGUUCAGUAUUUAUCGGCAAGAGCAGGGAUGGAUCAGAACAUAAAAGGGCAGACGGAUCCACCGACAGCAUUCCAAAAGAGAGCGAGACAGGAAGUGAGGUCAUCUCUGAAAGCCACACGCUCAGCCAGGAUCAGUCUGUGCAUUCGGAUCAGGUUCUGUUUGUGAAGGGCUCCAGCCAGAGCGGUUCCUGCUCAGAGGCCUCCAGCACUUCUGUGAGCCAUAAACCCGAGUUGUCCCCUCACUGCUUAACCACACGAGCCUCCAUUUCCACCAUCACCACAGACGACUCCACCACCGCCUCAGCUUUGGAUAAGAACGGGGACGCUCCGCUCAUCAGCACCAGCCAGAGCUCAACCAACCUGAGCACUACGGACUUGCCGUUCAGAACAAUGGAAGGUACUUUACUGAGGGGUGGCGGAGAGAUACCUUUGACCGGGACGAUGCUUCUUUACCCAGAAGCUGCUGGACUAAUGAGCUUGUACGGGGUGGGCGGGCAGAACUAUGUGCCACACCUAGUGAUGCCCCUCCCAGGAGGGGCGGGGCUGUAUGAAAGGGGGUGGGGCUUGGGGAAUGGAAAAGUUGGCCAAGCGAACUCUGAAAAGGCAGGCGCAGAUUCAUUGACAAACCGAAUGGGCGAUUUCCUGCAACACCGUCUAGCCCUGGUGACCUUUGACCCCAUGCAGCCGCCAUACGACUCGCUGCAGACGUACGGAUUGGAGGGGGGCGGCUCACAGGCCACGUCUCUCAGCUCGCUCGAAAGCGAGGCCGAAAAAGAUACAGAGGGACAGAAACACAGAUUUGAGGAAUGGGGACCUAAGUUUGACAAAUUGCUUGAUAUUUUCAGGGAACGAGGGAAGGAAAAAGAGGAUGACGAAAAACACCAGGGCGAGUGUUUAAAAGAAGAACAGCGGGAAGAGGAAAUGAACAAGACAGAAGACGAGAGUGAGACAGAAACAAGAAAAGAGGAUGAAAAAACUGAAUCGAACAAGACAUGGCAGGGCGAGGAGGAAAACACAGAAGGAUUGGAAGCAGUGCACUAAGAGGAAAUGGGAGUAACGAGGGAGGAUGUGAUGUCACAUCGUGAGCUUUCAAAAGCAAUAAGUGCUGAACGGAGCCAAUGAGCACAAUCUGGACAAAGAGAAUUUUAUAUGGACCUGCCAAAAAUCAGUAUGUCAGUGUUUUAGAGGAGCAGAGAGUCUUAUGUAAGUCACUCGCGUUCAUUUGAUGUCCAGCCACACACACAGUGCUUACAUUGUAAAAUACAAUCAUUAAGUCAUCUUUAUCUAAAUCUUUUACUCAUUUUUUAGGUUUCAAUCUCAGAUUUCCAAUGGUUUCAGACUUUUUUUUUAUACCCAGCAUUAACACGUUUUUUGGUGAUCAGAUCACAAGACUUUAUGGUCUUGUGAUUUGAAAAAGAGAACAAACAUGGCUUUCUUACAAUUUACUUGCUUGAUUUAAUCAACAAGUAUCUGAUUAUUUAUCAAAUGAUUACACCAGUGUAAUUUUAGUAUUAUUUAUAUCUUUUAAUUCAUUUAAAUUAUUAUUUAUUAUCAUUUAAAUUAAUAAACAGUAAAUAAUUUUAUCAUUUCUUUUAUUUUCAGCUUUUAUUUGAUUUUAGUUCAAAUUGAUUUUUAUUCAUCUUGUUUUGAGCUUUUGUCAUUUUUAUUUUAUAUAUACACUACCAGUAAGAUUAGUAAGAUUUUUAAUGUUGUUUUUUAAAAUAAGUCUCUUCUGCUCACCAAGCCUGCAUUUAUUUGAUCCAAAGUACAGCAAAAACAGUACAAUUUUGAAAUAUUUUUGUUUUCUCUUUGAAUAUAUUUUAAAACGUAAUUUAUUCCUGUGAUUUCAAAGAUGAAUUUUCAGUAUCAUUACUGCAGUCACAUGGUCCUUCAGAGAUCAUUCUAAUAUUCUGAUUUGCUGCUCAAAAGACAUUUAUCAUUAUUAUUAUUAUUAUUAUUAUUAUUAUUAUUAUUAUGUUGAAAACAGCUGAGUAGAUUUCGUUCAGGUUUCUUUAUGCCUAUAAAUGUCUUUAUCAUCACUUUUGAUUAAUUUAAAGCAUCCUUGCUAAAUAAAAGUAUUAAUUUCCAGAAUUUAUUUCCCAAAAUAAAUAAAAUAAAUAAAUUGAUUAUACUAAAUCCAAGCUUUUGAACAGUAUAGUGUAUAAUGUUACAAAAGCUUUUUAUUUCAGAUAAAUGCUUUCUGUUCAUCAAAUAAUCAUGAAAAAAUGUACUGAGGUGUAAAUAUUGACAAUAAUAAUAAUAAUAAUAUAAAAUUUUUCUUAAACAGCUAAUCAGAGUGAUUUCUGAAGGAUCAUGUGACACUGAAGACUGGAGUAAUGAUGCUGAAAAUUUAGCUUGGAUCAUAUAAAUAAAUGACAUUUUAAUAUAUAUUUAAAUAAAAAACAGUUUUUUUUAAAUGGUCAAAAUAUUUCAAAAUUUAACUUUUUUGCUGUACUUUGGAUCAAAUAAACGCAGGUUUGGCGAGCAGAAAAGACAUCUUUAAAAACAUUAAAAAUCUUACUGUUCAAAAACUUUUGACUGGUAGUUUAUAAAUUAAACACACACACACGUUUAAUUUAUUUCUAUUUCAGAUUUAGUUUUUGGUCAUUUUAGUACCUUAACUUAAACAUAUUUAUUUCAGUGAUUUUUUUUUUCUUUUCAUAUUUUAUUUUAUUUUAUUUUAUUUUAUUUUAUUU